AUGUCAGCAGGAGGCGAACCCCGGCAGCGGGACAACUCUUGGGCACGAGACCUUCUGGCCAGGGCCCAACCACCAUUGGCAGAGGUUGUCGUGGACGACAACUUCUUGGAGGAGCUCCUCAAGACGGAAGAGUUGCGGAAAGCCUUCGUGGAGGAGACGCCGAUGCAGAAGUUCAAGCGGAAGCUCAGCAGCAUCAGCGACAGCAGCCUGACGCUCAUCAUGCAGCGCACCUUGGACCUGGCAUCCCUGCAGCAGCAAUUGAAGGCCAGGUGCACAAAGACCAUGCGCCGGAAACUGCGCAGGUUGGUGCGUGUGGCCAAGCUGUCUGGCCACUUCUGGGCCUUCAACGCGCAGCAAAGGGAGGAGCUCCUGAGCGAUGCCAACGUCUAUGUCUUUGAAACACCGCAAGGGGAGCCUGAAGAGCUGCCUGAGCGCCCAGCCGCUGGCCACCCACGCCCGGGACCAGUGGGGCCUGCUGCCGUCCGCCGUCGCUCCAAACAAGCUCCGCGCCAGGAGAAGACAAGCAGCCAGCUCUCACGUGACCUAGAUGCUGACAUUUGGACAGCUUCAUGGGGCACGCGCAGGAUGAAGCCCUGGUCGCUGCUGCGGUGGGCAACGCAGCAUAGUUGCCAGCCGGAGUGGCUACAACUCCUAUUUAGCAAGGUUGAGAAGGGCCACUGCUACUACAGCAGCCAGCCGCUCAGCGCAAGCCGACUUGUUGCGGAGCUACAGGCGCGCUGCACUUUGCAAGACUUUUACAGUCGCCUUCCGUUGCUCGCGAGCCCAUCCACGCCCUACGAUCUUGGUGACGUAGCUGACGUAGCUGUCCACAUUGUCGAAGACAUCAAAAUGCCCAAAGGCGAUGUCCUCACUGAUGGUUUUGCAGAGAUCAGUUUGAAACUUGCCCGCAAGCUGAACCUUGUAUCUGGCGAGCAGGUUAGACAAGGAGUCUACGAUGCUUAUCAAUUUCGUGGGCUAGUGAGGGACGCAGCCACUGGAGAUGCUUUGAUCGUCAAGGGAAUGUUCGUGGUCAUUGAGACAGAUGAGGAUGUCAUGUACAUCCGUAAGUCGUGCGAGAAGAUCCGCUUCAAACCUUCUGCCGAAUUUUCAUCUUUUUCUCAAGAGCUGGACGUUGUGCAGUCCACUGCCGCCCCGCAAGGCCAGCCCAAACUGAAUGCACAGCUUUGCGCGGCACUUGGGAUGCGAGCUUGCCUCCUUCCCACACGGGCGGCCAGGCUGAGCGCAAUGGCAGACCUGCGCGACUUCUGCAGAAGUCGCAGGGCAGACACUGCAGACGCCAUGGAGGCCGAAAGCUGGGGCUUUGCACGCGGGCCUCCUGAACACAGCCCCGGCAUCGCCAUGACGGCACUUGGGACGCCUGCUUCGCGCCCUGUGUCCAGCAACCCAACACGCAACUUCAUUCCGCAGCACCGCGUGAAGUUGACGUAUGUUGCCCACAUCGAGGAUCCCACUCCCCUGGAGCAUCUUCACACAACUGUGGACCUUCCGCAGCCCUGGUCGCUGCCCGAGUUAGGGACAAAGGAAGCGCUUCUGCGCGGUGGCCGGCGCUUUCUUGCUGCAGCGCGCAGGCAGCAAAAGAAGCCGCAGUUGCGUCUUCGAGGUGUGGGUGGCGCUUGCUUUGCUUUGCCAGACUUAUGGGGCAAGCUAGAAGAGCCACAGCAAUGCCACAUUAUCCGUGAAGGCCGCUGCAUUACUGGCCCCGUGGCGGUGUGGCGCAACCCAGUGAUGCUCCCGUCAGAUAUCGAAAUCUGGGAGAGCGUGCCACUGCCCGACGACGCCACUCUUGUUCCCAACAACUGCAUCAUAUGCAGUUGCAAGGGCAUGGGUGUGCUCGCCCUGGCUGGCGGCGACUACGAUGGGGACGUGGUGUUCUUUUCCUCGGACAGGGACUUGCUGGAGUUUGUCGCCAACGCGCCAGAUGGCCUCCACCACCGCAGCUGGCAGUCUGGACUGCGCGGCGGCCGAUAA